CUAUUCUCAGUAUUCUGUUUAGUUUACCAAUGGCUUUCAAAGGAAAGGAAGAUUGUUUUGGUUGUAAAAUGCAUCUCCAAGCACCUUAUAUAAAAUGUGUUGAAUGUUCAACAUUGCUAUGUUUACAUUGUUUUGCCCAGGGAUAUGAGACAACAAGCCAUCAGAAUGAUCAUUCUUAUGAAGUAAUCUCUUUAGAUUUCUCUCUUAUUGAAAAUACUUGGACUGCAUCAGAAGAGUUGACAUUACUGGACUCUAUUGCGGAAUGUGGUCUUGGCAAUUGGAGUGACAUUGCAUGUCGAAUCAGAACAAAAAGUGCGGAGGAAUGUGAAACUCAUUACUUAGAUAACUAUAUCAAUUAUCCACAACAACCAUUGCAGAGAAUUCUUCAACAUACAACUCCUGAAAUUCAUAACUUCUACCGAAUGAUACCAUACGAGCCAGCCGAUGAUCCACCCAGGCCAAAAGAUGACCCUGGCCAAGCUAUAGAUGUGGCACAAUAUAUGCCAUGCCGAGGGGACUUUAACGUUGAGUAUGAUAACUUUGCUGAAUGCGAUAUCAAGGACGUGGAAUUUGAUUGUGAAGACACAAAUGAUGAAGAACUGAAAGUUGCUGCAGUUGACAUUUACCUUUCCCGUGUGAAGGAACGAUGCUUUCGCAAACGAAUUAUCAAGGAUCAUGGUUUAAUAAAUGUCCACAAGACAGAACUUACUGAACGAAGCCUUUCAAAAGUUGAAAAAGACUUGAGGGAUAAACUGAAGCCGUUUGCAAAGCUUCGUACAGCUGAGCAACAUGAACAGUUUAUCCAGGGUUUAUUAUUAGAAGAUUCGUUGAAGCAAGAAAUAUGUGAAUUACAACAUUACCGAAGUGUUGGUCUGACAUUGAAAGAUAGUGCUAAGAUAUAUGAAAUAUCACGACGGGAAAGAAUAAAGCAUGUGAACAAGGGAAAUAUGCUUAAUGACAUCUUAAGUUUGCUUGAAGAUAAAGUCGCUUGCCAGACUUGGUUACAAAAACAAGCCAUCUCUCAAAGCUUGGUUGCUGUUUCUUCAUUCCCAAUACCAUCGUUAGGACGUAAACCUGCCACAAGGUUGGACAUCACAGGCACACCUGGUGUGGAAAGAUUGACCGAGGAAGAACGAGAAUUGUGUUCAAAGCUGAGGUUGUUGCCUCAUUCAUACAAUCACUAUAAACAGAUGUUGAUUAAGGAGAAUCAGUUAUUAGGAUCUCUGAAGUUAGCGCAAGCAAGAGCUCUUAUCAAGAUUGAUGUGAACAAAACAAGAAAGCUGUAUGACUUUUGUGUAAGACAUAACUGGAUCACCAGAUGUGACAACUAG